CCCCUGUGCGUUUCGUUCCGGACCUUGUUUUCGCGGUGUGACAAGUGUAAAAUCAGAGAUUUUAGCUACGGACAGAAAUGCUGGACAGAUCAUCGCUGCUGGUCGCCGGCCUCGGCCUCUGUUUGUGCCUCUGCUUGGGCCCGAGCACCUCGCUGGCAGCGGCCGUUGGACGGGAGGACAGCGAAAGCAAAACAGCGUGGGAGCUAACGGAGGCGCUAUCGGGAACAUCAGGGCUUCGCGGUUUCAAUGGCACCUGGAUAACAGAUGAGGAAUUCUACUACACAGCCUCCGACAGAUCCAUUCACAAAUUUAAUGCAGCCACCAAGACGGAUACGAUCUUCCAGGAUUCAUCCUUUCUGAACAACUAUCUGGGAGCCACCUUUGUGCUCUCGGCGGACAACACCAAGAUCCUGAUCCGUCACAACCUUACGGAGAAGUUCCGCCACUCGUACAUAGCUCAGUACGACGUGUAUGACAUCGAGACCAACACCACCAUACAGAUUCACAAGGGCGAGAAGUUGCAGUACUGCGGAUGGUCGCCACUGCGGGAUCGCCUGGCUUAUGUUUACCUGAACAAUGUGUACAUCCACUUCAACGAGAACCUGGAGAUUAGCAUCACGGAAGACGGCGUGGACGGAGUGGUGUACAAUGGAGUGCCCGACUGGGUCUACGAGGAGGAGGUGCUGAGCAGCGGGAGCGCUCUUUGGUGGUCGCCGGAUGGCACCAAGUUAACUGUGGGCUUCUUCGAUGACACCGAUGUGGAGACAUUUAAUUACUUCCUUUACGGCGAUGGGGAAACCACCAACUAUCAGUAUCCUCAUGAGGAGCACCUCAAGUACCCCAAGUCGGGCACUAAGAAUCCUCUGGUGAGCCUGCGUGUUUACGAUGUCACCAACAAUGAUCCCACUGUGCAGCGCAUUUCGGCACCUGUGGAUGUUGUCAGCAGCGAUCACAUUCUGCAGAAUGUGGUGUGGUCCAAUGAGACACACCUGCUCAUAACCUGGAUGAACAGGCGACAGAACCUCUCCUCCAUUCAGAGCUGUAGCUACCAGGGUGAUUGUGUUGAGGUCAAGCGGCUGGAGGAGCCAUCCGGUUGGGUGGACAUCAGCACUCCCAAGUGCCUGAGCUCGGGCAAAAGCUGUAUAUUCUCCUACUUUAUUGACAACUGGAAGCAGGUGUGGAACCUAAACCUGGAGACGGGCGUAAACAGCUGGCAAUCGCGUGGUAAUUUCACGGUCUUGACCGUUUAUGGAUAUGAUGAAGCCAGGGAUAAACUUUACUACCAAGCCACCCAGGCUAAUGAUCCCUCUGUGUACCAUGUGUACAGCAACAACGAGUGCCUUAGCUGCGGCCUCAUCGAUGUGGAUGGAGUGGCCUGUCUAUCGGCCAGUGCCACCUUUAGCAAGGCCUUCUCCUACUACACACUCUCCUGCAGUGGACCCAAUCCCACCUAUGUGGGCAUCUACGAGGCUACUGGAAACACACGCCAGGUGGACUGGGAACCCAACACGGAGUACCGUGCCAAAAUAGCGUUGAAGCUGCGUCCCACCUACCACUUCCUAAAUGUCACCCUGGCCGAUGGUAGCAUUGGAUUCGCCAAGCUCGCCCUGCCGCCCAACUUUGAUGCGACCAAGAAGUACCCACUGAUUGUGGUGGUCUACCAGGGACCCAAUUCGGUGCGGGUUACCAAUGGAUUCACGCUGGGCUACGAGGCCUUUGUUACCACCUCCAGGGAUACGAUCUAUGCUUACAUUGAUGGUCGUGGUACGGGCAACAAGGGCAAGGAUCUGCUCUUUUCGGUCAACAACAAUCUGGGUGAACAUGAGGUGGAGGAUCAGCUGUUUGUCACCCGCUGGAUGCAGCAGAAUCUUGCCUAUGUGGAUCAGGAUCGUUGCGCCAUAUGGGGUUGGAGUUAUGGUGGUUACAUGACGGCCAAGACGAUUGAGAAGGAUGAUAAUAGGAUAUUCCAGUGUGGUGUUUCAGUGGCUCCUGUUACCUCUUGGUUGUAUUAUGAUACAAUUUAUACCGAACGGUACAUGGGUCUGCCUACAGAAAAUGAUAAUGGAAAGAAAUAUAAUGAAAGCAGUGUUUUCCUGAACCUGGAAAACUUUAAGACCCAUGAUUUCCUGUUGAUUCAUGGCUCUGGUGAUGAUAAUGUCCACUAUCAGCAUUCCCUGCUGUUGGCCAAACAGCUUCAAAGGGCGGAUAUUCAGUUCGAAGAGCAGACCUAUACCGAUGAAAACCAUGGCAUUGGCAAUGCUCUGCCGCACCUGUACCAUACCAUUGAUGCCUUUUGGAUUAACUGCCUUAACCUGGAGGUGCCCGAAGGCUCUGAGUAGGAUCUAGUCACAUUUUUAAGUAUUUGAAAGUCGUGUUUUGUAUUUUUGUAUUCAUGUCCUUUUUAAACCGAUUGUGUUGAAUGUAUAUUAAAGAUGAUGUAAAUAUUA